AAUACCACAAUGGCUCAAUUAUAAAAUCAGAGAGAUUCCAAUGGUCCAUAGCAGUUGUCAAUGAACGCUUCCAGCGAAUCGAACGAGUAUAACUAUGAAAGUCCUGGCUUUGAUUGUGUCCGUCCUGCUGAUCCUUAAUCUGGGAGUUCAGAUGGAGGCCAGACUGCUCCUGACCAAUGGCAAUGGCUUCUUUUGUCUCUGGACCACGAAAAGGACCUGCUCCAAGACCACUCCCACCUGCGUUCGAAUCGCAUCUAAUGCAGCUGCCACAACAUUUUCGUGUAAAUAUUACCGGAGUCAGUGUCAGUUUCUUCUAGAAACUUGUAAAGGAUCAUCACUUUAUGGCUUUGGAACCUCAGUUAAUGCUGAUACGUAUUGUGUAACUAACAAUAUUGCAGUUGGAAGCACUGGAGUCUGCACUUAG